AUGUCCGAAACAGUAUAUUCCCGCGACUCGACGACGACGCCCCAGGAGUAUUACUCGGGGCUUGGUAAUGAUGGCUCCAUAGAGGAGAAAUUUAAGGAUAUCGACGAUAAGACACAAUUUUAUGGUGCCAUGCGCCGUCUCGAAGACCCUCUCACUAAGAACUUUGUGCUGGAUUUUGGGAACGACGAUGCAUGGUGUGCAUCUGACUUGGAUACGAAUGAGUUGAACCUAUUGCUCAGCAAGCCGAAACCGAAGUGUUUUGGCACACGAUGGAUUAACAUUUGGGCGCCAGAAGAACAAAAGGACAGCAUCAAGGCUAUAACCAAGCAUUAUGGAGUGUCUGAACGAUUACAAGGGAUGAUGUGCACAGAACCUGUACGAUCCGCACCUAAACCAACGCCACUGCCCAACAAGAGAUCUUCGACACUGGAUGUUGGGGCAUCCUUCCAGCAUGACCUGGAUGACCCAGAGAAUGCUCUCAAGAAUAUCUCCGAUUCCGAUAGAGCUCACGAAUCGGCAUCAUUCAAGAACUUGACAUUUGCACAAGUCACUGACCAGAUUUGGCAUUUCACGUCGGUAGACCAUGGACCUCGAUACACUUGUAUCGGCUACAAUACGUUAUUUGUGAUCCCGAAACUAUCAAUGCCAAACGGCAAAGAUCUCCCAGAUGGAAAACGACUCUGGACAUGGAUUUUACAGACUGACGAUGGAACGAUCAUUUCAAUACAGGAGAACCCAUUCCCCAAGCGAAGGGACGCACCGAUCGAAGAAACCAAACCGGUACUCGACAUCGUGCGUAGGAACAUCCGUUUCAUCUUCGCAGGCGUGUCGAAGUUGCACUACGCCAUGUCCGAGAGCGAAUCACUCAUCACAAUCCGGGUUCGGCAGUUCAGUGACCUCGGCCCAGACCAAGCGAACAUCAAGCAAGAAGAUGGUCCAAGUUUGCUGUUCUAUUAUAUCUUCGACGACUGGGUAUCGAGUUAUGGGCUUAUUGCCAAGCGCGAGCAUAAGUAUGGCGUCGCGCUCGAGGAGCUGAGGGGUAACAUGCUCGAUCGCCCGGUGGUGGAUUUAAUUAACGAGCUACACUGGCUGGGACGACGGCUGGCUGUGCUAAAGCGACUGUAUCAGAGCUACGAGUUGAUCAUGAGACGACUCUUGCAGCGACAACGCAUGCUCCGCGAUGAGGCCCGUUCGUCCCACCCCGCAGUCCCGUAUGGAGCCACCUUUGGCGAUAUGGAGUAUGUGGAUAUGCGGCAAUCCAGUCUCGUGAGCCAUUCGAGUAUCCCCGGCACGGCCGGCAUGACCGACAAAUCGGUAGGGGUGCAGCUGAGCUCGACGGCGGUGGUGCGAUUUGAACGGUUGGUGGAUCGGAUCAAUCUGUACUGUCUGAGUGAGAUUGAGAAUUGCCUGAAUGAGAAGGAAUCUUUGACGUUCUUGAACUUCAACUUGAUUGCGCUCAAGGACUCGCAGGCGGUUGAGAAAUUGACUCGCAUCACGAUCUUGUUAGCGAAAGCGACUAUCUUGUUCCUGCCGGUCAGUCUGAUGAGUGCGUAUUUCUCGACGGAACUCAUUGGCGUCAAGAACGGGUACACCAAGGCGGAUUACUGGAUCAGCUUCGCGGUGAUCUUUGUGUUGUCCGUUCUGCUCUUGACGGUGUUUGGAUACGCCAGCGAUACGGUCGAAGGCAAGACCAUCUACCGGUCUAUGGUGCGCACAUUCUUCCGGAACUCACGACAAAGAAUGUCACGGGAGGGAAGAUCACAAUAA